AUGCAGGGAGGCGGCGCGGGGCGCUCGGUGGUCGGCGGCCACUGCGCUGGGCUCAGCCUGCCUUCGCCUCCAGCGCGCCGCGCGCCGAGGAAGAGGGCCGGCCUGGGAGGAGCGCGCCGGGGCCGGGCGGGGACGGAGCCGGAGCGGGGGCCAGCGCGGGGUGCAGGUCCUGCCGGCCACCGGGAGAGGCGGAGGCGGAGAGCAAGGGAGAGUCGGUGUGUCCGUAACUCCCCUCCGCCCGCCGCCCGGGGCUCGGCUCCCCACGUCCGCUCGCUCGCAGGAUGCUCUUCACCUCGCCAGCUCGCCAAGGAUGCGCCCUUCUGCCUGGCGCAAGCCCGGGAUGUCCCUGAACAGAGAAGACAAAGGCUAAACUGGGAAGCGUUCGCUGAGCUCCACAGGAGGGCACACCGCGGAGCCGCCUGCGCCGGCAGUUUUGGCGCAGCGCAAGGCCUGGGCACUCAUCCUCAGCCACCCUGUCGUUCCUGCAGCGAGCGCGACAGUCUCCAGAGCAGGCUGUCCCCUGUCCCCACGGAGCCCCUUUCCCGACAUCCUCACCGAGCUUGUUUCCUAGACUCGCAGCAUCUCUUUCAGCCUUUCCAAAUCUGCGCAUUCUUCCUCCCUUUCCCCUGGCCGAUUCCUCAGAGACCACCAUAGGCCCUCUCCCAUUUCCCCCACUUCUUCCUGUCCUCUGCUUGGAUUUGACUUCAGUAGCACCUAGAACAGGAUGCACAUCAAAGCUGAAAAGCUAAAUUUGUAUUUCCAUAUGCCCUGGCGUUUGUUUUUAAUUCUAUUAACUAAGUAUGCUCUUUGCAGCCGGCUGGGUGAUGGACAGCGGAACAGUGUUUUCACUGCUCUCUUCUCUUCGGCUCCAGCUGCAGGUCUUUUGGAGGACAUUUUCAAAGGACCAAGAAGUUGGGGCACAUGUAAAAUGCUAUGCUGGGAGCCCCUUAAUUGGAAAAUUGUGGGAGGGUUUGUUGGGACUGUGUGGAAAGUUUUCUCCAAAUCAAAGAGUUUGGCUAGGCUCCUGCUCCCUUUGAAUAAGCAAGAUUUACAAAUGUAGCCCAGGGCCACCUUGUUAGACCAUACCCGGUCUUAAAGCCAAGACCAGCUGCCUUAGACUGUACUCCAACCAUCCCCCACCUGGGAAAAGGGUGAGAACUGCCAAUUCAUCAGCGUCCUCACAACAGGAUCACAGAAAUAAGGGGGGGAGGCAUAUCUGUCACACUGGCCACUCACACCCGCCACCACCCUGUCCGGCCUGCGAACACGAGCAUUGGUGUGGGAGUUGAUGGCAGCUGACAUUCAUCUGUGGCUGUCAGCAUAGCCCCUCAGCUUGCUUUUAUUAAAAACCAAUGUCUACUGAGUACCAGGCAACCUGGGGGCUUGUGGAGGAACCGCUGAGCACAAUGGCCCCCUGGACCUUCUGCCUCUUAAUAAAUAUUAUCUUCCCAGUGGGAAA